GAGGCGGGCGGCGCGUGCGCGGGCGGCGGCCAUGGCGGCCAUGGCGGGAGCGCUGGUGCGGGCCGGCCGCGCCGCGGCCCUGCGGGGAUCGCUGUCACCGCUGAGGGCGGCCCGGGCGCUCCUGGUUUGCAGGCUGAAGUCAUCAGUCAGCUUUCUUACUCGACCAGAUCGACCAAAUAUUGCUUAUCAGAAACUAAAAGGGAGGAAUCCAGGGGUUAUUUUCCUACCAGGCUUCAAUUCAAAUAUGAAUGGUCAGAAAGCAACUGCCCUUGAAGAUUUCUGCAAAUCAUUAGGUCAUGCCUUCAUCAGAUUUGACUAUACAGGAUGUGGAAGUUCAGAUGGUAAAUUUGAAGAGUGUACAGUUGGGAAGUGGAGGAAAGAUGUUCUGUCUAUACUGGAUGAACUUACAGAUGGACCACAGAUUCUGGUGGGCUCCAGCAUGGGUGGAUGGCUGAUGCUUCAUGCUGCAAUAGCACGCCCAGAUAAAGUAGCUGCUCUGGUUGGAGUAGCUGUAGCAGCAGAUCACGUUGUAACAAGUUUUAAGAGGCUUCCCAUUGAGGCACAAAAAGAAAUAGAAGAAAAGGGUGAAUGGAAGUAUCGAACAAAGCAUAAUGAGGAAGGAUAUUACUCCUUGACCUAUGACUUUAUCAGAGAAGCAGAAAAUCACUGCGUGCUGAAUAGUCCUAUUCCUGUGACAUGUCCCAUACGCCUUAUCCACGGCAUGAGGGAUGGUGAUGUCCCUUGGGAGAUCUCUAUGCAAGUUGCUGACCGUGUUUUGAGCAAGGACGUGGAUGUUAUCCUCCGCAAAAUCGGCCAGCAUCGGAUGAGUGACAAGGAGGAUACAAAGCUCCUUGUGAAUACUGUUGAUGAUCUAAUUGACAAGCUGUCAACGGUAGCAUAAGCUGAAGAGUAGCAUUAGUGCAUGAGCUCUACACCUGACUCUUUUCCUUGAGUUACAGAAGCCCUGUUCUUACCCAGAUGGUGGCAGGCCUGUGACUGUCACAGUAGGAACUAAGCUUUAUCUGCUGUUUCCUUACCUCUGUUUCGUAAAUACAGGUAUUGUAUUAUUGCUGCAUUUGCACACAGUCCAAAGUGUGAAGGAGUGCUGCUAUUGUGUUCAGAACCUCUCCUUCACCACUUUAACCGUUUUUUUCACAAAUUUCCUACAAUUUUGUACUGACAUGUUGAUUACUUUUUGUUACUAUUGGCCUGUACAGUAAAACUUUAUUUUUACAUCUUUGACACGUAUUGUCCCUCCUCUGUACCAUCAUUCUAUCUUGUGUCUGAAACCAUCUGUGCAAGGCAAAAUACAGCUUGAGUGUUUACUGAAGUUAGUUAUUAGUAUAGUGAGUACCGUGAAACACAAUAAACAGAUUUCAGAUAAAUGGUUAUUUUGUUCUCAAAUGCAGUUAAAAAGUGGAAGGCACACCCUGAUGGUGUGCUUGGGGUACUGCAUAGGGAAGAAUUUGACUUCUGAGAAUGCAGGGCCUCAAAGCCUUAAGAGCUCUUUAUCUGUGUUUAUCAGGAGGGUGUGUGUCAUCUUCUCCAGGCUGCCUGUCUGUCGUUGUUCAUUUGUGGGCCUACUGUUAAGGGAACAAUAAAUAAUCUUGGUGUAAAC